AUGGCCCAAGCACCUGGGGCCAACCUGGCCGGCUGGGAGAACGGCCAGGGGACCGGCAGGGCCUGGGGGGGUCAGAGGCCCUUCCCCUCUCAGGUGUCCCCGGAGCCCAUUCUCGCUGCAAAGAAGCCCCAUCCAGAAAGCACUUCGGCGGGGGACGAGCUUGACCCGUCAUCCUCCGCUCCAUAUAGCGUCCACAUCAACGUGUUCCUUCCCGACAGCGCUCACCUGCGUUCGGGCUUCUCCGGAGCUCCCAAGGCCUUGGCAGGCUUCUCCCAGAUCAAAGGCGAGCCCAGCACCGGCUCGGUGCAGGCCUGCCCGGCAGUUGUUCCUUCCCUGCCAACCCUGCCAGAUUUCACCGGCGUCUUCAGUGUGCCACCAGCCAUGGCUGUGAGCAACGUCUCCAUUAAGCCGAAGCUGUCUGGAGAGAUGCCCGUGGCUGCUGGCGGGCAGCCAACCGUGGCGCGCCAGAUACCCGUGGCUGGGGCUGGCGUGGGCGUCAGCGUCUCCAUGGCCAUGCCGUUAGCGAGCAACGCCACAGCCUUCGGUGGCCUGAAUGGCAUCACCAUAGCAGCAGAUAGUUCCCUGAUGGGGUUGCUUCAGCAGCCUUCGAGGCAGAAGAAGGAAGAGAGAGCUCUUGCCAGUGACCUCCAAAUACAAGAGGCCGUCAGCUCUUCCGAGCAGUUCUGCCCGGCUCCGAGGAUCACAGGGUCACCAUCACCCUCGAGUGCCCACCUUUCUCCAAACCAGCCUCCCCUGUGUGCUGAGACAGCCUUUGGACUGAAGUUCAUACAGGCCCCCCACAUCGCCACGUUCCCUGCUGGCCUGGCCACCUUCUCUCAGGGGCAGCUCAUCAUCCACGCCACCAAACUGAGCCCGAAUCCCGGGCACAACCCGGAACUGGACAAGAAGCGCGUCCAUCGCUGCGACUAUCCAGGUUGUGUCAAAGUUUAUACCAAGAGUUCUCACCUGAAGGCCCACCAGAGGACCCAUACCGGUGAAAAACCAUACAAGUGCUCCUGGGAAGGCUGUAACUGGUGCUUUGCCCGCUCUGAUGAACUCACCCGUCACUACCGCAAGCAUACCGGAGUCAAGCCCUUCAGAUGUACCAUCUGUGACCGCUGCUUCUCCCGCUCAGACCACCUGUCCCUCCACAUUAAGCGCCACCAGAACUAAGGGUGUCGCCUCCACACCUUGUACGCCGGAGGGGCCUCUGCCCACCCUUCAUCUUCCCCUUCCCGUUUCUUUAGUAUGGGGGUAGUAGCUCCUUCUCUUCCUCAGCUUAGCUUAGCUGGUGGGGUGGGUGCCCGCAGGGAGAAGCUCCCAUCCCCCUCUUCGGGUUCUGCCUUGCCACGCAGCCAUGU